AGAACCCGCGCUGUGGGCUGCCGGGAGCUUUUGCUGCAAGACCUCGAGAGGCCCCUCCCCCUCCCUCCCUGCGGCCCGAAGCCGCGCAGGGCCUGGGCCAUGUGUCGCGCGCGGCUCCGCCUCCCGCCGGUCCUGUGAGGCGGCGGCCGUGGGGAACGCUGAAAGCCAGACAAGCGCCUAUCAGGACCAUGCAGUAGCAGGGUUGGUGCGCCGGCCUGCGCUAUGGCCAGUCUCUUUUUCUGCUCCUAACCGUCGGAUGGGGCUUUUAGGGCCCUUCCCGGUCUGGCCUGGGUUGCUUGCAUCUCGUCACUUUUGCAAACAAGCUAUAGCAGACAUAGGCAGACCCUAGCCCCAUGUUCACCGCCCGUCUACGAAGAUCCAGAGAUGGGCAUCACCAUCUGGCUCGCACCAGAUCCAACAUGGGUCUCAGUGAUACUGGGUGACACUCCAGAAUGGGAGACAAGCCACUUUGGGAGCAGAUUGGAUCCAGCUUCAUUCAACAUUACUACCAGUUAUUUGAUAAUGACAGAACCCAACUAGGCGCAAUUUAUAUAGAUGCAUCAUGUCUUACGUGGGAGGGACAGCAGUUCCAGGGGAAAGCUGCCAUUGUGGAGAAGCUGUCUAGCCUUCCGUUCCAGAAAAUUCAGCACAGCAUCACAGCACAGGACCAUCAGCCUACACCAGAUAGCUGCAUCAUCAGUAUGGUUGUGGGCCAGCUCAAGGCUGAUGAAGACCCCAUCAUGGGGUUCCACCAGAUGUUCCUAUUAAAGAACAUCAAUGACGCUUGGGUUUGCACCAAUGACAUGUUCAGGCUUGCCCUGCACAACUUUGGCUGACCUCCUCCCCGCCGGCACUCAUGCUGUUUCCUUCUCCCUCCUCUUCCUGAUACUAUCACACUCCUCCAGAUGCUCCAAAUAUCAUACACAAGCAAGCAGGGCCGUGGUGGAAGUGGGUGCAGCGCGCUGCUGCCACCACAGUGUUGUGCAUGAUGUUUGGGCACUAGACUAGUUGCAUCUGACAGGAGAAGUUUGUGUUGUACCAGCGCAUGCCUUGGAAAGACUUAAGUAAUGCAAAAGGUUGUCUUUUUUUUUUUUUUUUUUUAAUCUACUGACAAGUUGCUCUAGUAACCCAAAGAAGUGAAGGAGAAAGCAGCUGCCUCACCACCCAAAUAUUGAUUUGUUCAGAUGUUUCAAUGCCUCAUGAUACAAUAAAACCACAAAAAUUUUCUUAACAGUUUAAAUUGUUUUAAUUAGUUUGACAGUUGACUGGGCAUCAAUAAAUACCCUGCCCCAUUAUCUCUUUCAUGUCUCACCCUUCACUUCUGCCCCAACUCAGCAAUAUCUACUGCAAAGAGAAAAAGUGCUGAAGCACACUACCAGCUUGCUUCUCUCAAGCCCAAUAGGGCAGAGUUCUCAGGCUGUCUGGUCCUGGAAAAGCAGACAAGGAAAGCUCGGCUUUGGUCUGAAGCUUCCCUUGAAUUGAAGCCUUUCUAGUCAGUUCUGAUGCCUCUUGUAACCUCUGCCUUGGAGUAGGUUCAGGGCUCUAGUAACUGAUGACUGUGAAUUCUGUUGCAGUUAGAGUGGUCUUGGCAAACGUCUCACCAGGUUCAGGCUCUUUGAGCCUGAUGGGGGAACCCAGUCUAUUCCCAGAAGGGUCAGGAUCAUAUCCAAGGAACUCUACAUCCCCCAAGCCAAGCAGAGGGCAGCUUAGAUUCUCUACUACCUGCUUGGGAUGAUUUCCUGAAGAGGAAUCCUUUGCUAGGUUGGGCUAUGGAAGAUUUGGAUCUGUAGAAGUCAAAAAUAGAGUCAUGCCGUAGGAAUUCACACCCCUCAGGCCUUAGCAGAACAUUUCUAUUCCUCCCUCCAUUUUCACCACACAACUCCACACUCAAAUUCCAGGAAGUCUUAACUCCAGGGCAGUUUCUUCUCAGUUUUGGAGACAGAGCCUUGCCCAAUGCAGGUGUAGCCCCUCGACCCUGAGACCUCUAGAUGGUAAAAAGCCAAAU